UUAUCUCAGUACGGUCCGGUGACAACCCAAAUGUGUUUUCCCUUAGCGAGACCCAGCGUACUAUCUAAAGCACGUAGUCUAGGGACCCCACACGCCACAAAUCACCUCACACCGACCAGAAUGGCUUCGUGGAAAGUCUCGAUAACAACCGCGGCGUUUUUCUGUGCGCUCGGCGGGGGAAAGUGCGAGGAGUACCGAGUACUCGUCAUGAUGACCACGACGCGUCACGACGCAGACGGGGACGUCGAGUUGUACUUCAGCGCUAAGAGAAUGGCGGCAGGAGCUAUCAUGGCCAUCGACGCGGUCAACAAAGACCCUACCUUACUUUCAGGUCACGUCUUAACGUACACCUACGUUGACACAGAGUGCGACCCAGUACAUGGCACCGGCCAAGCUCUGGAAAAUAUUUUCAACGGAAGCUACAGUGGCUUCAUCGGUCCUACAUGUUCCCAAGUCUGUAGACCCGUAGCUAACCUUGCAGCAUACUGGAAUCUCCCAGUUUUUACUCCACUCUGUAACGCCAUAGACAUGCACGACAAACAACACUUCUCAACGCUCGUGAGAUUUUUCGGGCCUGCUAUAACGUGGGGAAGUUUUUACGUGGGGAUUUGUAGAAGGUUCAGAUGGAACCGCUUCGCUGUGGUGAGUCACUGGGACAUAGGUUGGACAAUUCCCGCCUACGGGAUCGUAGAGUACGCCGAGGAACUGAACAUGACAGUCCCUUCCUACCACGUACUCAGUCCGGACGACAGUUUGGAAAAAGUUCUGACACAGGCGACAAGACGCGCGAGAAUCAUUUUGCUGUCCGGUCCCGGCUACCUGAUCCGCCGCCUGAUGCUGACGGCGCACGACCUGGGGCUGACCGGUGGGGACCACGUGUUCUUCUGUCUCAGGUACUUCCGGCAUGACGAGAUCUUCGGAAACUUCUCUUGGAGAACAGGUGACUCCCGUGACGCUGACGCCCGUGAAGCGUACAAGUCGCUGUUCGUGCUGUCCCUGUACAGGCCAGAAAACGACGUUUCUCGGGCGUUCUCGCGUGACGUCAGACGACGAUCCCGCGAGACCUUCUCUUAUGAAUUCCACCCAGAUGAGGAGGUAAAUAGAUAA